GCUGCUUUGACACAUGCACAUCUGGAUACCAAAAUGAGCAGCUUUGGGGAGAUUCUCAAGGAGAUCGGGGAGUUUGGUUUGUUUCAGAAACGUCUGGUGGCGGUGUUAUGCAUCCCCAGCCUGUUCACAGCUUUCGAUGUGAUUGGUCAGGUGUUUGUAGGACUGAACUUCCCACAUCACUGCAACACCGACUGGAUCCUGGAGCGAGGACCCAACCUGACGGAGGAACAACAAAGAAAUCUCACCCUCCCACUGAACAAGGAUGGAGGCUUUGAAAGCUGUGAGAUGUUCACACCUGUGGAUUUGGAUUUGGAAACCAUUAUAGCGUACGGCAUCAACAAGACUACAGGAUGCAUACAUGGAUCGGAUUUUGAAGCACCUGAAGGGGCAUCAAGCAUUGUGACGGAGUUCAACAUGAUCUGUGACAGGAGUGGUUUGAUUGCAGCGUCUCAGUCCAUCUACAUGGCCGGUCUCCUGGUUGGAGCGCUGGUGUUGGGGCCGAUGUCUGACAGGUUUGGUCGCCGCUUCGUAGUCCUGCUUUCCAUCUUUCUCCUCAUGUUGUUUGGUGUCGGCAUUAGUUUCUCACCCAACAUCUAUGUUUAUAUUGUUCUGAAAUUCCUAGAUGGCAUCGCCGUUUCAGGCAUUAUUGUUAAUUUAUUUGUAAUAGGUGGAGAGUGGAGUGACUCUUCAAAGUUUGCUCUCUGCACCAUCAUCUGCCACUCGUCCUACUCUCUUGGACUGAUGAUGUUGUCGGGCAUUGCCUAUCUCAUCCGUGAUUGGAGGAUCCUGCAGCUGGUGCUCUUCUGUCCUCUGGUCCUUGUCCUGGGAAUCUUUUACUGGAUUCUUCCAGAGUCCGCUCGAUGGCUCAUCACCCAGGGAAGGAAGGAGGAGGCUAUCAAGGAGAUCAGGAAGGCAGCAAAGGUGAACGGAAGGAAGGUCCCAGAAGAUCUGCUGGACAAGCUAGGUGUUGAGGGUCCGUCCAAAAGAGGAAGCAUGUUGGACCUCUUCAGGAUUUCCUAUCUGAGAAGGCGUGCAUUGAUAAUGAGCUACCUGUGGUUUGCAACAAGUCUGGUGUACUACGGACUGAGCCUGAAUGUCGGGAACUUCGGUCUGAACAUCUACCUCACACAGUUCAUCUUCGGUUUAGUGGAGUUCCCUGCACGUUGGGGCAGUUUGGGCCUCAUCCAGCGCUUUGGGAGGAAGAGAUGUGAAGCAAUCGUCCUGUUGUUUGCCGGCGCUGCUUGUCUAGGGAUACUCACUAUACCAAAAGAUCUUCCCGUGGUGGCAACAGUGGUCGCAGUAGUGGGGAAGUUUGCCGCCACUACAAGUUUCUCUAUCAUCUAUGUUUACACUGCAGAACUGUACCCUACCACUCUAAGGCAGAAUGGAGUAGGUCUGAACUCAAUGUGUGCUCGUGUGGCGGGGAUCCUCGCUCCACUCAUCAGACUCCUGGAGGUCUAUCAUUGGACGAUCCCCAUGCUGAUAUACGGCAUCGUCCCCAUCACAGCUGGAGGUCUCUGCUUAUUACUGCCUGAAACUCUCAAUGUAGAACUCCAGGACCACCACGCUGAGAUCAGACAACCGGAGAACAUGACGGAAAUACAAACCUUCACUAAAAAGGAGGAGAAUUCAGGAAAAAGCACCAAAAUGUAAUUGAUAUGGAUGUAUCAGUUCCUUUUCUGACCUGUUGACCAUUUAUUUAAACAUAAUUGUAUUAUUUGUUGUUAGAAGUAAAAAUGUUUUACAGAAGUUUGUAGACUGUUUGAUAACUGGGACAUUUAUCAAGAAUAAAGGGAAGCAAACGCAGCUAUUGGUGACAUCAACACACAUGUCAGUGAUCAUAAUAUUAUUUUUAUGAUUGAAUAUUAUAUAUAUUUACCGCACUCAAAUUAAAUCCCACAUAUUUUUAUUAUUUCCUCUUCAUCCAAACUCUAAAGGUCCACUCAGAUUGUCCUUAGUUAUUAUUGUGAAAUCAUCCACCGUAUCUAACUGGGUAAACAAUAUAUAUGUGGAUGAAUAAAUGAUACUGUACUUUGACACUGUACACAGGUUAAGAGGUGAAGCUACAUGCAUUGUAACUGUCUGUGUGAUUGCUCAUUGUAUUAUUUUAUUUAUCCCAGCUUUAA